AUGGUUUUUGUGUUAACUAAUAGAUCUGUAAUUUCCAGGGAAAAAGCUCUAGCCAAAAAAGGAUCACCCAAAACGUCUGGUAGCGGUGGUGGUACCAUCCCGGCUGGACCGAAGCCAGGCUAUGAUGAUGGUGGCAGAGCUGCUGGUGGAUACGAUGAUUCGAGAGGAAUGAUGGGUGGCGGUGGCGGAGGACCUGCACCACGGGCGGGUGGUGGUGGUGGUUCCAUGUGGCGAAAUAUGGCCACUUCCAUUGGUGGCGCAGGAAUAGGAUCAAUGCUUGGUAAUUUGAUCUCAGGACGAGGUAUGACUCUGGUAAAGUAG